AUGAAAGUAGGGGGAAAUGUUAAGCGGGAAUUGAGCGGUGGUGGUUGGUUUGUUCGUGGUCAUUGUUGUCUUGUGCCGGCUGCGAGCCUGAGCGCCGCAGCCGCCAGAUGGCGUGGCGGGCCGCCACCAGGCGCGCGAAUCCGUGCCGAGCCACUCUCGGACGCGCUAAACGCGCAUAUUUCGCCCUCCUCCAACAAGCAACCGUCGACCAGCGCCCCGACUAACGCGCCCUCACCAAGCGGAGACGAAUCACGGGAAGACGCGGAACGCUCAACAAGUGAAGUGACUGGCCAACACCCCCUUAAGGCUUACGCGCCCGGCCUCCGUUACGUGAACCACUUACGCUACAACAUCGAAUCGUAC